UCUCUGGGAGCGACGGGCCUCCGGGCUCUCGCGAGAACGGCGAGAGGGGCGGGGGCGCUAAGAGGCGGAGAGCUCGUAACCAGGGCGACGGGACGGGGGCGGGGCGCAGGCCCUACGCUCUCGGAUGCUCACCUGACUGCGCAUCCACGUCGCAGGUCCCCAGGUUGAGGAUGGAAGAACCACAAGAGAUUUCCUCCACCAAUGACAGCUGUGUAGGUGACAUAGUUAUAGAAAAAUACCUGGUUGAGUCGAAGGAGCCCGCAUCCCACGUGCAGCUUGCUUGCGGUGUGCAGCACUGUGCCUUCCCGUUAGAUGGAAACCAGCUUUGCAUAUGGAACACCGAGGACCCUUCUCACCAGCGUCUAAUCCUCAGAGGGCACCAGCAGCCAAUUACUGCUGUGGCGUUUGGAAACACAGCGAAUCCGCUUCUAAUCUGUUCUGCAUCACAAGACUGUGUUAUAAUGUGGAACCUGGAUGAAUGCAGAGAGAAAGUGCUUGAAGGGCUGACUCCUCGAGGGACGGUCAUGCGCACCCUUCUGGGGAAGGUGCUCUGUUUAAGGUUUUGUCCGGAUGAUCGGGUGGUUGCGGCAUGUGCCGGAAACAAAAUACUGGUGCUGGAUGUGGAGAGCCUGUCGACAUCAGCCGAGCUGGAGGGCCACCGGGGCGCCGUGACUGCCGCUGAGUUCUGUGCUUGGCGAGUACGAGUGCUCGUCUCGGUGUCUGAGGACAGAAGCUUUAAGGUUUGGGACCAUCGUCUGGGAUCAUUAAUAUACAGCUCGUCAGUGUUAACAGCCUCCCCUCUCCUGAGUCUGUUCAUCGAUGAAGACAGUCGGCAGCUGGUUACGGGGUCUGCUGAUGGCCAGCUUUGGAUCGUCAGUUUGGGUGAAAGUCAUCAUUAUCGUUGUGUGACACAUGUGGACCUGAAGAAAAAGAUCGACAGUUUCUCCACCAGGAGGGUUGAGUCCCAGCUCUGCAGCCUGCCAGAAGAGAGUCAGCUUCCCUCUACAGAUGGACUGGAGAGAGGAGGAGAGAUUGAAGUAGAACUUCCUGUCCUGAGUCUGGCACCUUGCGCUCUCUCGCUUGUCCCGAGUUCUGAACGUGGGUUUGUUUCUUCUGAGAAUGCCAGCUGCUUGUGGAUCGGAAGCUCAGCUGGUUUGUUCAUAUUUAACUUGGCAAACUUUGAACUGGAAGCAGUUUUACGUUACAAGGAUUUUAGGAACCUCAGCAUUCAAGUUGCUGGAUCGUGUGCAGUGAUGGGCAAAACCGGGAAUCACACGGCCUUCUGCUUGCUCACGUCCUUGUUCGGAAGUCAGGUCGCCAUGUUGGAGAUCCGCCUGGCCGGUCUGGUGAGGUCUCUGCCACGCCCCAACGUUGGGAAGGAUCUCUCAGUGCUGCCUCGCUCUGGUGUCUUACCGACCUCUCCACUCUACUUUGCUCUUGUUGAGGAAAAAAGUACCAAGCCGGCUAGUCAAAAACAAUCGGCCAUGCGGAGUGUCGUAAAGGACCAGCCCCUGGUUUUCCACAGCAGAGUCAGGUCCUCUGGGUACACGUCUGCCCCGCAUGUAACCAUGUUUUUACCAAAGACUAAUAUCAAGAAUAAUGGUAAAAGAUCUUCAAAAUGCAAGAACAAUUACAAAUGUAAGGAGUACCCCUCAGAGAGCCCUCUGCCAACCAGACUCAGCAAGCAGCUCGCUGUAGCCGGCGACCCCACAGCCGUGUGCUGCCUUCAGUUUUCAGAUGAUGGACGGCGGCUGGCCUGUGGCCUAGCCAACCACUUGUCACUGGUCUUUGAUGCCGAUCUUUCCGGGAAACCUGCUGUUUUUUCAGGUCACGACGGGGCAGUGAGCACCGUGUGCUGGAGCCACGACGGCAGGUGGCUACUGUCCACGUCCCAGGACGGGACGCUGAGGGUGUGGUCGGCUCGCAGGACGGAACUCGCCUUGUGUCUGGGUGAAGGCAUGUUUCCUAGGCCCGUACAAUCCGCACAGUUUUACUACAUAGACGCCUUCAUAUUGUCGUCGUCCGGCCCUGAAUUCCAGCUGCUCAAGUACCACGUGGACACCUGCAAGGACGACCUGAGAAGAUAUAAACAGAAGAGCAGGUGCAAAGCCGUGUUCAGCCUCCGCAUGACGGAUGCGGUGGAGAUGACCAGCUUCUCGGCAGUAAAUGACUUCUACUCCUACAUCGUGCUGACCGCCGGCCGGAACAGGACGUUGGAAGUUUUCGACCUCAACGUGGGCCGCAGUGCCGCCCUGAUAGCAGGAGCCCAUUCGCGGCCUGUCCACCAGAUCUGUCAAAAUAAAGGAUCGUCAUUUACGAGCCAGCAGUCUCAGGUCUAUAAUCUUUUUGCAACCACCGCCGUCGGUGAUGGGAUGAGACUGUGGGACUUGCGGACCCUGAGGUGUGAGCGCCGUUUCGAAGGUCAUCCGAGCCGCUGCUAUCCAUGCCGGAUCGCUUUUAGCCCCUGUGGACGAUACGUGGCCUGUGGUGCUGAGGACAGACACGUGUACGUGUAUGAAAUGGGCUCCAGCACCUUUUCUCACAGGCUGGCAGGACACACGGACACAGUCACGGCAGUGGCCUUCAACCCGUCCGCCCCACAGCUUGCCACAGCCACCCUGGACGGCAAACUUCAGCUGUUUCUGGCCGAAUAAGCGCUGACCUGUGGGCUGGGCUGGGGCCACUGGGAGCAGCAGAGUGAGGACCGAGCACCCGGCCAGGGCAGGACUGGAUUCAGGCGUCCUUUUUCUCCAGCUGCUCCGCUGCGUCCACACCACACUCACGUUCGUAGUCAUUUCUGCUCCUCAAAAGGGAUCCCCGUUAUCGGGAAAAAUGGAAGUAGCAUCCAGUACUCCCGCACAGAAUUUGGUAAAGUUGAAACAGAAUGUUCUUCAAUAAAACAGAACCUAGUGUUUGUUUCACGA